AUGAUGGGUCAUAACGGUCUGAAAGAAGGCCUCCCAGAUGGCGAUUCUCAACGCAAAACUACAUGGCCAGGCGUCUGGAAGGAGCCUAUCCGUAUCGUGUACAAAGGCAUGCAAAGGAAUUCAGUCAGAGAAGUCUCAUUUAGCAUACUUGCUUUUUCAGACGAGCAGUAUAACUUCGUAUAUCAGUUCAUUCUUCUAGACAUUCUGGUGGCUCAUGAGUUCAUUCUUGACUUCAAGCCAUUCAAAAAGACGGCCGGUAUCGAAGUUGUGGAUGUUGCGAAGAGACUGAUGGAUUACGGAUUCCACUCACCGACAAUGUCAUGGCCAGUACAUGACUGCUUGAUGAUUGAACCUACGGAGUCUGAGGACAAAGGAGAAAUGGAUCGACUAGUUGACGCUCUGCUGUCGAUUCGUGAAGAGAUUGCGAUGAUUGAAAGGGGAGAACUGGACAGGCAGAAGAACCCGCUCAAG